AUGAGGCAACUCUUGUUUUUGCUAGCAAUUUUCACCACAGCCUCAACCUCUCCCAUCCCGCAAAAAGCCCAACCCGUGAAGAUGCCGUGCAAUGGGAACGCUUCCGAUUGCGUGGUGCACGUGUUUCGGAUCAAAUUGACGGAAAACAUCAACGGGAGCACGAGGGAAUACCCGGUGGAUCUGCCGAUGAAGCGGAGGAGCAAAUACGGCAAAAAUGUGUACGCGCCGGUGGGAAAUCUGGAGUCGCAUCAGCUGGCCGAGAAGAUUAUCGAGAAAAUGCCGAACACCAUCAAUAAAGAUGUGAAGGAACGUGUCCGAAAAGAGGAAUUCCUGAUCUCGCCCGUUGAUGAUCGAGAAGACCCUCAUGCUCCUCCACCAGAAGAGAUUGGAGCAGGCGGAGAGAUUGAGGAGACGCAGAGGAGACACACAGAACGAACCACAACUAAUGACAACACCCACGGAAUCGCCCAUACUAUUGACGAGGCGUUUCCGCUGAUCCUGUUGCUGCUGCUGGUGGCGAUAGGUGUAGUGGUGGGGAUACUGUGCACAUGUCUCGGUCUAUUCCUCAUCGACUACAGGAGGAAACCACAUUUUGACCGAUCUGUGGCCAUUUCGUAUAAGCGUCAUCCAUCGGGCCGUCAGGCACUUCUCGAGCCCCAGGGCCGAACUACCGUAAUCCACAAAACGUCCGUGACGCGUAGCAGUCGCCCUCCGCCAUCCCAUCGACCACCCAGGGCGUCGCGGCCUACGCAACGAUACGUGAGGACGGAUGUGUCGAGCGACUGGAAUGGGCAUUCGUCUCGAGAAUCGUCUCAAACCCGCGACUCGUCCGAUUCUCGAGGUGUGAAUCGUUUAUUCUCCCGUCGUCGCCGUCGUGUCCGCCACGAUACAGCUGACGCGACAGAGGCCAGGAAUGCCGUUAUUUCGUCGUUUGUCGAGCAUCACCUUACGAUAACGCAGUUGCAGGAUGUCUACCCCGACUCUUUCAUCUAUGCCCCCGAUCCGUCAAGAUCAGAUGGGCUAUCGGCCGAGGAGGCAAAAAAACGCCUCCAAGAUGGCGGGCCGAACGUCAUUGAGCCGCCGGCCGAAAAGAGCCUCAUCCGAUCGUUCGCCUCGCAAUUUCACUUCAAAUUCUGGGUCCUACUCACCGGCGCGUCAAUGCUGUCGGUGAUCACGUACUUUGUGCAUUUGGCCCACGGCUUCAAUGAGCCCCUCAAUCUCUAUUGUGCUGCCAUACUCCUUGGUGUCGUCUUUUUUAUGUGUCUGCUUUCCAUACAUCAGGAGAGGAAGACCAGGAUGGUCCAACAAAACUUCAAGAAGCUUCUCCCCAUCACAGCCAUUGUCAUCCGGGAUUGUGAGGAGAAAGAAAUUGACCUUGCUGAAGUGGUCGUCGGGGAUAUUGUCGUUAUUAGACAGGGUUUCCGUAUCCCGGCCGACGUUCGCAUUCUCCAGGCUCACUGCAUGAAGAUCGAGUCUUCGGAAGUGACAGGUCACCGGAAACCAGCCGAAUACGCUGCCAGCGAGGUCGCCUCUCACAUUUCGGCCUUUGACGCGAAGAAUAUCGCUUUUAAGGGUUCCUACUGUACGGAGGGUGACGGAAUGGGCGUAGCCAUUCGUACUGGAAAGUUUACGGUACUUGGCGAGAUUGCCGAAAUGCACACACAGCCUGCUAUUGAGACGAAGCUGCAAAAGGAGCUACGAGGUUUCGCCAAUUUCGUAACGAUGCUGGCGAUUUGCAUGGCGUCGGCGACGUUCAUUCUUGGAUGCAUCGUCGCAAAAUUCGAGAACGUGCUCGACCACUUCGUCACUGGUUUCCUCGUCAUAAUCGUUGCCAAUGUCCCUCAGGGCCUUCCGGCUACCGUACUCUCACAGCUGAGAAUUAUCGCUCGUCGCUGUGCCCAGAAGAACAUCUACAUCAAGAAGUUGGACUUGAUCGACGAACUUGGCGCGGCUACCGUAAUCUGCAGUGACAAAACGGGCACACUGACGAUGAACCAAAUGGUGGUCACCGAUCUGUGGUACAAUCAGAAAUAUGUGCCGGGAAACAUCGUUGAUCCGAAGAACCCGCAUAUACGAGCCAUCAGAAAGCCUCGAUUGACGACCGGAAGCAAUUCGGCAGCCGAUCUGGAAGCGCUGAGCCGGACUGAGGAAUCUGUGACUUGUGAGGGAACGAGUCGACAAGCCGGAUCAUCGAAGCAACGAAAAAAGGGAGACAUCUUUGGAAUACCAUCUGAUGUUGCAUUGGCGAAAUAUGUAGAACUGACGGCAUCCGUGGAGGGCAUUCGGCAGAGAUAUCAGGUGGUCUACGAGGUUCCCUUCAAUUCUCUACGACGAUAUCAGCUGGUAGUAGCGAGAUGUAUGGCCGAGGCGAUUGAUGGGGAAGAGGAGAAGCCAUUACAGCGCGGAAGAGAUGGACUCUCCCCUGUGGAUCAACACUUCAGAAAUGAGGCACAGGAGGCCUGGGAGCAGUUCGGGCAUGCCGGAAGGAGGGUGAUCGCAUUUGCACAGAAGCACUUCAACGCCGAUUCGGGGACUCGAUUCCCUCCUGGUGAUGAUCUUGUAGAUGAUCACUGGCCAAAAGAUCUCGAAUUUCUCGGAAUGGCUGCCAUUAUGGAUCCGCCAAGACCCGAGACGGCCACCGCCAUCCAUCAAUGCAAGCAGGCUGGGAUCAAGGUGUUCAUGAUUACCGGUGAUCAUCCAACGACCGCCACGGCUAUUGCACAGCAGAUUGGGCUCAUAGCGGAGGCACAGACACCGCACCUUGGCCACAAAUCGAAGGCGGACGGAUCGAGUGAUUGGACGGUGGAUUGGGACCAUUUGCUCCGUCAUAAAUACAUCGUCUUUGCUAGAACGAACGCCGACGAGAAGCUGAAUAUCGUGACGGAAUGCCAGAAUCGUGGAGAGGUGGUAGCCGUGACGGGCGGUGGUGUAGAUGAUGCUCCAGCUCUUGCUCAUGCCAACAUUGGAAUAGCCGUCGGUCUAUCUGGCAGUGAUGUGGCAAAACAGACGGCUGACAUCGUGCUCCUUGACGACAAUUUCGCCUCGAUUGUACAGGGAAUUGAGGAGGGGAGGCUGUUGUUUGAUAAUCUACGACUAUCCCUCGCCUACACGUUUGCCCAUCUUUGGCCGGAAGUGGUCCCAAUCAUGCUGACAUUUCUCUUCGGGUUGCCCCAUGGGUUGUCGCCACUUCAGAUUCUAUCCGUGGAUUUGGCAUCAGAAUUGCCGCCUUCGAUCUCGUUGGCCUACGAGCAGCCGGAACGAGACAUCAUGCUGACGCCACCUCGAAGUAGAAGCGCCAAAUUGUUGAGCAAGGGAUUGAUCCUGUAUUCGUAUCUAUUUGCCGGAUGUGGAAUCACCGCUGGGUGUAUCUUCUCCUUUCUUGCUGUCUAUUGGUACUACAACAUUCCACUCUCUCAAUUGGUCUACACCGCUGAGCAUCACUGGAAGAUCGGUGCGGCAAAUCUCACGAUCGGUGACGCCUUCCAAAACGUGACCUACACCGAGGAGCAACAGCUACAUAUCAAGGGACAGGCGGCAGCCGCUUGGCAAAUUACACUCGUCAUGAGCCAGGUAUUCCAUCUGUGCAACUGUACGACGCGCCGAGUCUCCGUUUUUCGUCACGGAAUCACGAAUGUCGUCUCCUUCUUUGCCGUCAUCAUCGAGGUGCUAAUGCUGAUCAUGUUCGUCUACACGCCAGCCGCCCAAUACGUCAUGGAUAUCCGAUCACCACCGGGAUUCGUGUGGGCGUUCGCGCCGUUCGUCGGCUUGUACCUGCUCGUCUUCAACGAGUUGCGAAAAUUCCUGAUCCGGCGGCAUCCGAGGCAUUGGCUCGUCAAACUCAUCAAAUGG